AGGAGAUCUUACCGCUAUCUCUCUCUGAAACCUGAAGACUCAACGACUAAUCGGUCACAGCUGCUUACCUAUGAAAUGGCGCAGAAGCCGCACCAUAUCGGUGUUCGAAAGUCGUGGUUAUCAUGGCAUUCACAGAAUUUAGAAGGAUUCAGACAAUCACAACCGCUCAUGGUUGUGCACGACGAGGUUAUCCGCCGAUUUAUACGUGGAUUUUUCCCCCAAAAUGUGGUAAUUUCUGGUGAGGAGCUUGUGAUCAAACGCAGAGGUAAUGUGGUCACGGUGGCAGGCUUCCUGCAGUACUCUCGUCGCUUCGAUAUCCGUCGCAUUUACUGGAUGUUUGGUUUCACGGAAGAAUUUCUUUCUAUACUUCUCAAGCAACCUGUGAAGCUCGAACUAGCUUUCGUGGAAAGCGAAGCGGACAUAGCUUAUAAUUACAUAUAA